AUGGACGGGCUGAACCAGUGGAGUUCACGCGUGUUCGGGACGUUUCUCGCCCAGAACCUGGUCACCGUCUGGGCCGAGUCUUUGCAGAGCGGAGUCCCUCCGCUCCUCGUUGCAGGGUGUAGGGAUGGUCUGUCGUUUGCCUCUGUCCUGGAUCAGGAAGAAGGCGUUCAAGGAGGAUCCAUGGGUAUCUUCCUGGGUAAUCUGCGAGCCCGUUCGGCUUUGACGUUUUGUGGUUUUCUCCAGGUCCAUGGAAGGAACUUGCUGUCCAUUGAUUAUGACCGAAACAUCCGCACAGAGAAAAUAUAUGAUGAUCAUCGGAAGUUUACACUGAGAAUAAUUUAUGAUCAGCUAGGACGUCCUUUUCUUUGGCUACCCAGCAGUGGGCUUGCUGCUGUCAACGUUUCUUAUUUCUUCAGUGGACGACUGGCUGGACUUCAACGCGGUGCCAUGAGUGAAAGAACAGAUAUAGAUAAGCAAGGCCGAAUCAUAUCCCGCAUGUUUGCUGAUGGGAAAGUAUGGAGUUACACGUACCUGGAAAAGUCCAUGGUACUACUGCUUCAGAGCCAACGGCAGUACAUCUUUGAGUACGAUUCCACAGACCGUCUCCAUGCUGUCACCAUGCCUAGUGUUGCUCGGCACAGCAUGUCCACUCAUACAUCUAUUGGCUACGUUAGGAAUAUUUAUAACCCUCCUGAAAGCAACGCUUCAGUGAUUUUUGAUUACAGCGAUGAUGGGAGGAUUUUGAAAACAUCUUUUUUAGGAACUGGUCGACAAGUCUUCUACAAGUAUGGGAAACUAUCCAAGCUGUCUGAAAUUGUUUAUGAUAGCACUGCAGUUACUUUUGGAUAUGAUGAAACUACUGGAGUUCUGAAAAUGGUUAACUUACAGAGUGGUGGCUUUUCUUGCACAAUCCGGUACCGUAAAAUUGGUCCACUGGUUGAUAAACAAAUCUACAGGUUUUCUGAAGAAGGCAUGGUCAAUGCAAGGUUUGAUUAUACCUAUCAUGAUAAUAGCUUUCGGAUUGCUAGCAUCAAGCCUAUAAUAAGUGAGACUCCUCUUCCUGUUGAUCUGUAUCGUUAUGAUGAAAUCUCUGGCAAAGUAGAGCAUUUUGGCAAAUUUGGAGUAAUUUAUUAUGAUAUAAAUCAAAUAAUUACUACGGCGGUGAUGACACUGAGUAAACACUUUGAUACCCAUGGGCGCAUUAAAGAAGUUCAGUAUGAAAUGUUCAGAUCACUCAUGUAUUGGAUGACAGUCCAGUAUGACAGCAUGGGAAGAGUAACAAAGAGAGAACUGAAGCUUGGGCCUUAUGCCAACACAACCAAAUAUACUUAUGAUUAUGAUGGAGAUGGGCAGCUCCAAAGUGUGGCAGUAAAUGACAGACCAACCUGGCGUUAUAGUUAUGAUCUGAAUGGGAAUCUUCAUCUCUUGAAUCCAGGGAACAGCGUACGGUUGAUGCCACUACGCUAUGAUCUAAGAGACAGAAUUACACGUCUGGGUGACAUGCAGUACAAAAUUGAUGAUGAUGGGUUCCUAUGUCAACGAGGCUCAGAUAUAUUUGAGUACAACUCAAAAGGUCUCUUAACAAGAGCUUACAACAAAGCAAGCGGAUGGAGUAUUCAGUACCGUUAUGAUGGGUUAGGGCGAAGGGCUUCUUGUAAGACUAACUUGGGGCACCAUCUUCAGUACUUUUAUGCUGACCUUCACAACCCAACGAGAAUGACACAUGUUUACAAUCAUUCCAAUUCAGAAAUUACUUCUCUAUACUAUGAUUUACAAGGCCAUCUCUUUGCAAUGGAAAGCAGCAGUGGAGAAGAAUACUAUGUUGCCUCCGAUAACACAGGUACACCACUGGCAGUGUUCAGUAUUAAUGGCCUCAUGAUCAAGCAGCUUCAGUACACUGCAUAUGGAGAGAUAUAUUAUGAUUCCAACCCUGACUUUCAGUUGGUCAUUGGAUUUCAUGGAGGCCUGUAUGAUCCUCUGACCAAACUGGUUCAUUUUACUCAGAGAGACUAUGACAUUCUAGCUGGACGUUGGACAUCACCCGAUUACACAAUGUGGAAAAAUAUCGGUAAGGAGCCUGCUCCAUUCAACUUAUACAUGUUCAAGAGCAACAACCCUCUCAGCAAUGAACUUGAUUUAAAGAAUUACGUAACAGAUGUGAAGAGCUGGUUGGUGAUGUUUGGAUUUCAGCUCAGCAACAUCAUUCCUGGUUUCCCUAGAGCAAAAAUGUACUUUGUGCCACCUUCAUAUGAGUUGUCAGAGAGUCAAGCCUGUGAAAAUGGACAGCUAAUUACUGGAGUCCAACAGACAACGGAAAGACACAAUCAAGCGUUCAUGGCCCUUGAGGGACAGGUCAUCUCUAAAAGAUUACAUGCCAAUAUUAGAGAGAAAGCUGGGCACUGGUUUGCCACAACUACUCCCAUUAUUGGGAAAGGGAUCAUGUUUGCUGUGAAGGAAGGCCGUGUAACAACUGGCACUUCCAGCAUAGCCAUGGAAGACAGCAGAAAAAUUGCCUCUGUGCUUAACAAUGCUUACUACCUGGAAAAGAUGCACUACAGCAUUGAGGGAAAGGAUACCCAUUACUUUGUCAAGAUUGGCUCGUCUGACAGUGACCUUGUCACCCUGGCGAUGACCAGUGGGCGGAAGGUAUUGGAGAGCGGAGUAAACGUCACAGUUUCCCAACCAACCCUCCUUAUCAAUGGAAGGACUCGAAGGUUUACGAAUAUUGAAUUCCAGUAUUCUACCCUGCUACUUAACAUACGGUAUGGACUGACCCCCGACACCCUGGAUGAAGAAAAGGCACGCGUGUUAGACCAAGCUCGACAGCGAGCCUUGGGAUCAGCAUGGGCCAAAGAGCAGCAGAAGGCACGGGAUGGCAAGGAGGGCAGCCGCCUAUGGACUGAUGGAGAGAAGCAGCAGCUUUUGAGCACAGGAAGGGUUCAAGGUUACGAGGGAUACUAUGUACUUCCAGUGGAGCAGUACCCAGAGCUAGCAGACAGUAGCAGCAACAUCCAGUUUUUAAGACAGAACGAAAUGGGAAAGAGGUAACAAAUUAACCUGCUGUCAUCCUCUGCUGGAUGAAUCAGUAGUCACAACUGUUAUCUCCUCUCCUAAGGAGAUGAAGACAUAACCGGGGGCACUAGGCUGAGCUACUUUGGGAUAGUAAGUGGCAAGAAAGCUCAUAUUUUUUGAGUUAAAUGCUACUGUUCAAGUGAUUAAAAACCACAUCCUGAAGUGGACUAAAGCCAGACUGAUAACUUUAACCAUACAAAUUAAAAAGUACCCCUAAAAUAUUACCCACUUGUUCUGGGUCUAAAGAAAAAAAAGAAAUAAAAAUAGAAAAAAGGCCUCAUAUUAUAUUACCUCACUCCAUUCACACGUGAGCAAACUUUAAGAAAUUCAAGAGGGCCACCUUUUCUAGACCAGCUGAUGAAACAAAAAUGAUUCACACUGCUUGUUUGGUAAAUAUUCAAGAGGUUUUUGUUUAAAUCAAGAUACAGGUGCAUUUAAAACAUGACUUUGGGGUGAUUUGUGUGUAAUAACUGGAGGAAAAUGAGAAUGCGAGCAAGAGACCACUGGAAAUACUAAAUUAAAAAAUUAUUUAAAAAAUAACAAACCUGCACUUGCACUCAGACCCUGAAUUUGUCUGGCCUAAAGUUUAAUUUAUUCAAAGAGGGCAGAGUGUAAAGUUAAAUUCAAAAUGGUGGCUAUAAUCACUACAAAUAAAUUUCAUACUCUGUUUGUCUUUGAAGAUUCCAUUGUGGACAGUAUAACACAGUUACAGGGUGUAGUCUGUUUAGAUUCAGUAGUUUGUUGGUAUCAGUUCCAGUAGAGCUGUGGGCAUUGUGUUACACUAUUGCAAAUGGGCACCACUUCAGAUCACCCUGUACAUACAUCAGCCAGAAGGCACAAUCACUGUUUCAGAUUUUAAAAUUAUUAGUGUGUUUGUUUGGUCGAGAAACUGAGACAAUCACAUUAUGGUCACCACAAAAAAUUAAAAAAAAAAAAAAAAAAGCUAAGAACUUUGGUACAAGAACUUUUUUGUAAUAUACAUGUAUGAAUUGUUCAUUGAGUUUUUAUAUUAAUUUUAAUUUGCUGCUAAGCAAAGACUAGAGACUAGAGAGCAAAGAUAAUUUAUGGCAAAGUGUUUAAAUUGUUUCUACGUAAUAAAGUCUCUAAAACUCC